GAGAGGCAGUCCGCCAAUUAUCGCGAUGGACGCAGGAAACUCAGCAUGAGCCUUUCCUUCUUCCCUUCCAAUUCCUGUCGCUGUGGAGCCUGUAGCCACCGCCACAGGGAACAGCGGAAUAAGUCUCUUCAUUCUUCAGCCUAGCGCUUUCCGACAUAUAUAUAUUUCCACCCGACAAGUUGCUCUAAAUAAAGACGGCACUUUUUCCAUUCGGAUAACGGAGACUAGAGCAAAUGGAGAUGAUCUGAAGGAAACCCGAUGGACACUGAACAGUCCUCUUCCCAUCACUUCCAUUUAAUCCACUGUAGGUACUUGUGAAUGUUCCACGUGCGUGUUAACAGUCUACACAGCGCGCAACUCCAUGCGCGCGACUCCAAUGUGAACGAGUCCAGCAAUAACUCGUGGGAAGCAGUGCACACAUUUCACUGGAUCGUUUGGCUGGGAUUUUCAGCAUGGCAUACCCUCAGGGCUACUUGUACCAGGCGUCCACCCCUCUGGCUCUCUACUCGUGUCCUUCAUACGGAUCGAGCGCGCUGGCGGCGCCGCGAGCGGAUGAGCUGAGCAGGGGAAACUCCAGCUCCUCGGGGUCUGCGUUUGCACCGUACGCGGGAUCUACAGCUUUCACCAGCCAAACUCCAGCCUUCAACUCGCUCCAGUACGGUUCAGAGCCUGCAUCCGCACCACAGUUCUCCUCAUUCGUGGGUUCCCCAUAUGAGCCGUCCCCAGGUCUGGCCGCCUCUUUGAGCUAUGCGCAUCCGUACGGAGCGCCGCUGGGCGCGUUUCCGCUUGGAGAUCCCGCAUACCGGAAGAAUGCCACGCGGGACGCCACCGCAACGCUUAAGGCCUGGCUGAGCGAGCACAGGAAGAACCCGUACCCCACUAAGGGGGAAAAGAUCAUGCUGGCCAUCAUCACCAAAAUGACCCUCACCCAAGUGUCCACCUGGUUCGCCAACGCGCGCAGGAGACUGAAGAAGGAGAACAAGAUGACCUGGACCCCACGGAACAGAAGCGAGGACGAAGAUGAAGAAGAUAAUAUCGAUUUGGAAAAAAACGAUGAUGAAGAUGAGCCAAUUAAGGCAGUCGAAAUGGCAGAGUCGACCAAAGAAUUAGGCCUUCCCGGUAGUCCAGGACUAAUCACGACCGAGAAGCACACAGAACACACCGAUGAUGAAGAGGGUCGUGUUAUUAAUGACACCUCCGCUCGGAAAGAUGGUGAGCCGCAGACUGGAUGCGAUUCUUCAUCACCCACGACCUCCUCUUUUCAAGGUGGUCCGGAGAGUGGGCUGGAGACGCAUACAGAUCAGGGAAACACUCCAAAAGCAGUGAAGCCCUCCGGAGAGAGCGGCCUUGGUACAUCUGUCAUUCAUUCCACGAACUCGGCCCCCAAACCCAAACUGUGGUCUUUGGCCGAGAUCGCCACGUCGGAUAAGCCGUGUGGUGAGCGGCUCCAAACAUGCAGAGCCGCUCAGAGUCCGGUCAUCAUCAGCACGGGCACCUUCUCCCCCUCCAGGUCGCCCACACGGGGUCCUCUCCUCCCCAGGCACUUCUACUACGCUUCAGCUUUUUAUCCCGCUUUCACGAACUACAGCGCGUUCGGGCCGACUGGCCGCGCCUCCAGCUCCGGAUUAAGCGAAGCGGCGCUGCACAGAGCAGCCAGAGGAAACACACCGGCCGACAUGUGCAAAGAGCUGGCACAGGGGGACACGCACUCCAAGCGUUAAAUUUCUUCCAUCGGUUUUAUUCCGUUUAUUUAUGCUGUCUGGGAUGAGAAACUGGAUUUUCUUUAGAUAAGAGUGAUAAUGAAGAGAAAAUCGGGGUUGCCGUAUAGCCCACUUGUGACUGCACAUCAGGUGUAAAUGAAGCUUUUUGUAUUCGAAAGGGAAUUUUAUGAAAUGUAAUGAUUGAAAUACUAUAAAGUGAAAUAUUGCUUCUUUGCUAAUCCGUCCACGUGAAAGCAGAGCGGCGCAAAAGGCCAAAGUCAAUUCACUAUUUUACAUUUCUAUAGGUUCUAGCUCACCUUUUGUUUUAUUGAUUCUUGGGUAUUUAAACGCCUCUACCAUUCGAGGCAUUUAAAUUUUAGGAUAACUUAAAAUCUUGAAACGAAUAUGUUUCCUUUCUAACAGAUAUAAUGAUUUUGUUGUAAGGCUAUUAUUGAUCAUUAAUACAUGCAAUAGAGUGGAAUUACGGUUGAAUUAAGGUUUUAUUCACAGUUUUAUCAGUUGGUUAUAUAACAGAGAUUUUGUGUGGCCAAUAAAUUAUAUAUUGUUUGAUUUAACUUUCCCUGACAGAGUGUUAACAAAUCAUACUGUGGACAGUAAUUUGUUGAUUUAGCAGGGAAAGGUUAACUGUACAUAUCCAGAAUGCUUUCACUGAGGGUUUCUCUUUCUUUUUGCCAUCCGCAAGAUGUGAUUAACACCUGGACUAAGUUACAGUGGAGAAACAUGAGCACUGGUCCUUUUUGGUGUCGGAUUUUGAAACUCAUAGUGGAUGUUUAGCAUGAAAUUCUGAACCUCAUCUGUCAUCCAAUAUCAGAACAAAAUCUUUUUAUAGUGGAACAUUUUCAGAAAAUAUACAGAUUUCAGCACUGUAAGCAGAUGUCUAUUAUUACAUUCGUCAAAGACUGUGUAUAUGUUACUGCUUUGCUUUUAGGCAAAACACUGAAUAUCUUAAAAACUGUCCUUCUUUUCAUAAUUUCAUGGGUGAAGCAAGAGUUUUAAUAUUUAGAGUGCAGAUUUAUAAUUGAGAGAUUAUGGCACAUGGUUUAGUGGAUGAGAUAUUAAAUUCAUGCUCCACAAACCAUCAUCUUAUAAAAUGUGUUUUGCUAUAUUCCAUCAAUGUAGCAACAGUAAGGGGCUAAAAAUGCCCAAAAGGCCAUUUUAAAAGGGAUUAAAUGUGUAAGUUCAAAAUUUAGUAAACUCUACAGAAGAAAAAUGGGAUUAUCUCAGAUUCCCUAUUACCACUGGCAUUGCAGGGUCCAACAGCAACAAACAUCAGAGAAUCGUCUCAGGCCUCAUGGCUUACAGAGGUAAUGCCACUUUUCUGCUCACAAAGCCCUGAAAAGAAGCAGCAGCAUCUUAGAAAGAGACAUAAUCCCUUUGGUAAAAUCAAAGUUGGAGUCUGGUAUAUAAACAUGGUGAAGAGCUAUUUUUUAGUUCUAUGGUUACAAAAAAGUGUAAUGGAGGAAAGCUGGGCAUAUACGUUCCUUCUAAUAUUACAUGCCAUAUUAUAACUUCCCACUUCUUUUACUGUUCCAUGUUUGCUGUGAUACUCUGAAGGGUUUUUAUGACAAGGAUUUAUUUUUCACUCAAGGGUAUUUUCAGAGACACAUUACACUCGGUGUAUUCAGUGCAUUUUUAGAAAACUUACUGCAGAUGUCAGGAAUGCAAACGGCAGCUCGGGUAAGUGCUAACCAAAACAAGUCCCAAUGAUGAGCCAUCUGAAAAAUCUAUGCCCACUUAUACAGUUUUCUUUCUCUUUCCACUACCCAGACAACUUGUUCAUGUUCAUUUAAUAUAAAUGUCAAAUUAGCAUUGUAACUUAGAAUAAUUGGAAGGAGAAUAUUUUUCCUCAUAUUAUACUAAUCAUAGACCAAUAUUUAAAACUGAGAUUUAAAGCGAUGUAGUUAAGGCCAUAUUACAAGGUUAGAUUGUAAAAGAGCUUAAAAUGUUCAAAUGGUAUUAAAGGAACUCAUUUUUUGGAACGUGUCUUAUAAAGAUGAAGUCAUAGGAAAGUAAGAUGAAAAUGUGAUGACAGAGCUGUAAGAACAAAUAGAGGACAAAGUGUUCAACAUGACAGUGAGUGAACUACAGAAAGCAUGGCUGUAAUUUAUCGCUCACCUUCAUGGUCUACCCUGUAGCACAGGAAAGUGAAACUAAUUGAGGCAUUAAACAACAUUUUACAACAGAGAAAAAUAUGACAUUAAUGGAAAUGGUUAUUCCAUACCCUGAGAAGUAAGACGAGCAGAAAGGAAGAGUCAGUGUGAGAAAAGCACGCUGUCCAUCCCUCUUUCCUCUCACCACCUCCUCCUUCUAAUCAAUACAGUCAGGUCAGAGCACAACAUGCACGCUUUGGCUCGUAACUAAAGAGUGUGUAAGGCUUUUAAAAGCAUUGAUUCUGGACCGAUCGAUGGCGACUAAGGAGACUUUUCCUGCAUAGUGAGAAGGCACUAACGGCCAGCUGAUGGGCAGGAUGGCUGAAUUGCAAAGGUGUUGUUUAUAUUAACUUGUGGAUUCAUCAGUUCGAGGUCAGACUGAAAGGAAGAUUAUCUCUGUGAUUACUCAAAACUCUCACUUUGUUCCAAUUUUGACAGAGGUUAUGGAGAAGAAAUUUGGAUUUCUAACAUUAUUUACAUCAUAUUAUUUUAGAUUUAUCUUCCCUUAAACUAAACUGAAACCGAUUUAUUUUUAAACAGAAAUUUCGACUGCACUUAUAUUAAGCCCUCCUGUGUAUUCUGUCUAAUCAGCCUCACUGCAUCAAAUGUGCAAGUCCUCCAGGCAUUAGCAAAUAGAUUUCAUUUAAGGCCCAAAAUGUCCAGAGACACUGAUGGCUCAAUUUACUCAAUAAUACAUGGGAGGCGGUCUUUAAAAUAAUAUUGACUUAAAUGCUACAGCACAGCACAGCAGCGCAGACAGGCGUUACGAGAUGGAGGUGUUUUAAGCAGGCAGCUGUGCGAGCGCCUCAGGGCUUCUCUCUAAUUGAAAGGAUCAUUAGAAGCAGGAGUUGCCUCGAUGUCCCUCAGCAGCUCCUCUUCAAGCAAACAAAUAUGCCACGCACUGCAAAGCCACUCCAGCUAAACACAUGACUGCUGUUGUCACAUGCUCCAUGUGAUAAGAAUGUCUGGCGAAGGGAUGAUGGUAGUGCAAAGAAUGAAUGGCUAAUUAAAAGCUACCAUCUUGGACUGUUUUUGAGCACAAGGUCCUGUUUAGAGUAAAAGAACAGGUAGACUAAUAAAAAAAAAAGAACAUAUAUGCUCACUUCUACACAGGAAGAAUUUUCUCCCGAUAACACAAUGAAUGAGAAUCAGGGCAUCAUACUGAUUACCCUAUCAAAUAUUUCUGGAGCAUAACUGAGGCAUAAUCACUGUGAUAAAUCUCAACUGUCAUUGUUUUGUUUUCUUUGAAAGCUGAAGUGUCCACUUUAUAGACAUUAACCGUAAUUUCAAAGUUAUUAUGUUGCUCUAAAUCUGCUUGUAAAGAUAUAUGAGAAAUUAUUUCAGACACUGUAUAUUUUGUGUAAUAAUAAGGCAUCAGCUUUUGUGCACUCAUGUCAUCUCACUCCUGAGGCACUUGGUUAAGGUCAAGAGAAGUGAAUAUAUUUGGGAAAUUGGACCAGUUUGAAUAGCAGUGCUUGAAGGCUUAAUAGCUCUGUAUAACAUAGCGUGCCUAAUCUUUAUUGUACUGUGCCCUCUGAAAACAAUUGACAAAGAGUGCCUCUGUAUUCACUAGGGCAGCCUUGAGUUAUCAUAUUUAAAAUACAUUUAUUCUAAGUCAAUUUCCAAGAUUGUUUAGCAGCACUGGAAACAAUAACAUCACAGAGUACUG